AUGAAGUGCCCAGUUAUAUUUAUCGAUGUGAAUUCUUCUUUGAUGAAUUACAAUACUCAGGCUGAUCAAGGUCAAGAACCACAUGAGGAACCACAUGAAGAACCACAUGAGGAACCACAUGAGGAACCACAUGAGGAACCACAUGAGGAACCACAUGAAAAACCACAUGAGGAACCACAUGAGGAACCACAUGAAGAACCACAUGAGGAACCACAUGAGGAACCACAUGAAGAACCACAUGAGGAACCACAUGAGGAACCACAUGAAGAACCACAUGAGGAACCACAUGAGGAACCACAUGAAAAACCACAUGAGGAACCACAUGAGGAACCACAUGAAGAACCACAUGAGGAACCACAUGAGGAACCACACGAGGAACCACAUGAAGAACCACAUGAGGUACUAGGAGAAGGCAAUUAA